UGGUGGACUGCAAGUGUUCAUCAGUGAGAAGACUCUCGUGUGAUGUUUUGUUAAUCUUCAUCACAGAAAACAUCUUCUCACACAUAUAUGUGCUACCCAACCAGUGCCGUCUUAAGGCAUGGGCAUGGGCCCAGGGGGCACUGGCCAAGGGCCCCGCGCUUGUAGGGGGCCUCACGUUUCUAGGAGACUCUUUCUUAUAGAUUAUAGAGGCAUCAUGCUUUACAUACUUUUAAUGAAUACUGAAAGAUUUGUACUAUUUAAUUGAAUUUAAAAUUCACAAUUUUAACCCACAAUACAUAUCAAACUUUGAUGGUUUGUAAAAUGUGUACUAUUAAUAUAUUACAAUAUCCUUAGUUGCUGGCAUAGAUAAGUAUAUAAUAUAGCAUCUUGCAAAAUUUCAAACAAAUUGGUUGAUAUUUUAAAAAGUUAUCAUUUCGAGUAAUUAAUAGUACACAUUUUACAAUCCAUCAAAGUUUGAUUUUAAAAUAUCAAAAUUAAGAUACUUUGGUAUGCUGAUAUGCUGUGAUACAAAAAGUAUUCAAUAAAUUACAUUUUUCCUAGUUGUCGCCAAAGCUAAUCCAUAUUUCUGUAUGGUUAAAAAAUUCGUAUAAAUUUGAGCUUAAAACAUUCUAAUUAAUUUUUUUUGUCUGACAUGCCUGUUUUCAGCAUCCCAUUUUUCUUUUUUUUUUUUUGAAUGUUAGCAAACUAUUAUGUUCAAGUACUAAUAGUUAUUUUAUGUGUUAUUAUUGUAGAAUGACCAUUCCUCUAACUUCAGUGAAAAUUUGGCACCUGUAACUUAAAUAGUUUUUUUUUUGUGAAUUUUUUAGUAGUCGACCUGUGUUCCCCCCCUUAAAAAGCUAUCUGUUCCAGCCAAUCAAUGCCAAUAUUUCAACUUUCCUUUCAUAAGGGAUAAUCCAAACUAUUCGUAAUCAUGAAUCAUUAAUUAUUCCAAUUCCAACCUUUCUCAACACUCAAUGAUCCAUAACCAACUAAUACUGCACUACAACUGUCACUAGUGUCACUAGACUUACUACACUAUGGUCUAGAGUGUAGUAAGUGAGCAGUAAGUUGAGUAAGUAAGAUUAGAGUUUUGUUAUUUCAAUUGAAGAAUUAAAACUAAUUAAUAGUAGUAGUAGUAAUAAUUAUUAACUUGUUUUUAGUGAUUUCAUGGUCCCUGCACUGUCCCAUUACUGUCCCUUCUCUUUGCUCCACCAACUCACCUUUCUCAGUUUUGGUAUUACCAAAUCAUAACUUUAAUUUUAAUUCACUCUUAUUUUUUUUUAUUUUUUUUUUUCUGUCUACUGAACUGAUUUUAAGUGUUCAUCCAGGCAAGGGGAAUAACAUUUUUUUAAAAUUUUCAGUAUGGAUAUGAAAGUUGUCCCACUUCUUAUAACAAAAAUAAUUUGUGUUUUUCCAUGUUGUGUUGUUGAAUAGAGUCAGUUCAUCAAGCUUAUGAAUGUUUAAGUUUUAUGACAUGAGGAAAAGUAUAUCAUUAUUUUGUCAUUAACCAAUUUGAUUGUUCUCCUGUGUGUUCAGGUCUGUCAUCUCUAACAUACCACCAGUCAGGGCGGGGAGUCUGUGAGUGGUCAGAUGUGGGCAACAUUGCUUUUGAUGUCCAUGCUGGUAAAUUGAAGGUGUGUGUCAAUGGAGUGUGGCGCGACAUUAAGGUCAAGUCAGGUAAGUUUAUUAAGGUAAACAUGGACAGCCAUGUUGACAAGGUGUCCAUAGUAUUCAUUCUGUAAGUUGUCAACUGGUAACAUUAUGACCUUUACCGAAGUUGUAUUUAUACCGGGGAAUAUUAUACAUAAUUCAAAGUUAUUUAGCAUCAGUAUUGUUUUAAUUAUUUAUUUAUAGAGGUCAAUCAUAAAAGUCCCUUUAAAAACAAAAAAACAAGAAAUAUUCUAUAUCAAAAAGAUCAGCAUCAAAAUAAAGCUAGUCUGUUGUAUCCAAUCUGAUGAUUCAAUAACUGAUGUUCAGAUAAAAGGCGACUGGACUAUCUGGUGCCUCACCAGGUCUUGGAUACCGGACAAGGGUCUUUAGAUGUUGAAGUUUUUGACCUACCUGGAGAGGGGAAAUUUGCUGUGUUUGCCUUGACAGAUGCCAGGGAUCAAAGUUCACUGCGGUAAUUUUAAAAUUAAUUUGAUAAGUUGGAGACAUGUUUUGUUUCAUAAGAUUAAGAAAUCAUGUCAAGCAGAUAGAGUGAAUGAACUCAUUGAGAAUAAUAGGCAAUCUCAUUAAUAAUUUUUUUUAAAAAUUAUGUUUCAUAAAGAAGAGAAUAUUUGAUCUUGUCACAAUUGAUUAAGUGAGAACUAUAGAAGAGAAAUUCUAUAUUGUUUGGGCUGUAUAACUAUCAUUGAAAUUGGCAUUAUGAGAAAUUCUAAACUGUUUGGACUGUGUAACUAUCACUGAAAUUGGAUCGAGCCUUGGAAUGAUGAAACAAAUAAAAUAUGAAUUUGAAUUUUACUUGCAGGGCAUUAAACAGGCAUCCUAAUUAUGCACUACAAAGUCUUUAAAAGUUACCCUAAAAUUGAACAAUAGCUAAAUCAAAUUGCCAUGGAUGACAAAUACCCUAGGGAGGCGCCUGGGUUACAGGUUGAGAAAUCCUUAUGUAACUUAUUUUUAAUAUUGAAAAUAAUUAAAAAUGUUUAGCUUGUAAAGUGAAACAAUCUUAGAAAUAUUGUAAUUUAAAUUUAAAACAGAUUUUGACUUCAAUUUCAGCAUUGUUUAUUUGUUUAAGGUCAAGGAUGUAUCAGUGGGUCAAUGGUCAGUUCACAUUCUACCAGUGGCUGCCCACCCAGUCAGCCCAGUCCUGGGAAUUUUUCUCUAUCCAUAGCCAGGUGAGUAGUAGUGUCAAUGCAGUUAAAUUUGUCAAUUGUUUAUUAAAAUCUACUAGAAAAUCAGAUUAAGCGAUGACUGCUUUUCAAUAUGUCCACAGCUGGUGGCACAUGAUCUAAUAUUUUUAAAAAUAUGUGGCUUGGAUUUUGAUAAGUGGCAUAAUGCAUAAACUUGUGACCAGUAUGUUGAUAAUUCAGCCUAGCUGAUCACUCAGAACUUUGACACUAAAGUCAGAUGCCCAAAAUUAAAAAAAACACUGCCCUAAAAACUAUAGCUCUCUCUUAAGUGUUGAGACAUUGGUCUUGGCAGUGUUAUGUUUUUGUGAAUUGUUUGUUUUUCAUUUAAUUAAACAAAUUGUUAUUGAUAAAUGAGAAGGGAGGAGAUCCCCACCUGAAGAUCCUUACUGUAGAUCCCUUCAUGUAGAUCCCUGCCUGUAGAUACCCUCCAGUAGAUCCCCACCUGUAGAUUCCCACCUGUAGAUACUCACUGCCUGUAGAUCACUGCCUGUAGAUCACUGCCUGUAGAUCACUGCUGGUAAAUCCCUGCCUGUAGAUCCCCACCUGUAGAUCCCACCAGUAGAUCCCCCUCUUGUAGAUCACUGACUGUAUUUAAACUCUGUUCUUGUUGAGGCAUUCAGCUAAAUCAGCUCAUUAUUAGAGUAAAUAAAAUGAAUAUAAUUCUGUUACAAGAAUAUCACAUUUAAACUCACUGUGCUCCAUUAAUUAAUGACAUUCCAAACAGAAUUAAUCAUUUUAUAUUCUGACAAAAGUAUUUUUUUUUAAAACUGACACAGUUUGAUUUUUUUGCACAAUUUGAAUUUCAGUUUUUCCUUGCAGUGGCAAAUUAUGGAUCCUUGAAAUCUGUCCCGUCUAAUUCCACAAUUUUUAAGUGGAACAAGAAAUCUCGCAAGUUUGUCGUCUACCAAAACAUCCAGACCUACACGGCAAGGGACAUUGAGGCCUUUGAAAUAAAUGGUGACUAUUAUCUGGCCAUUGCCAAUCAUGCUCAAAGUAAUCAAUUUUUGAAUUUAUGUAAAAGAUAUUAAUUAGGUCAACGACUUCAUUCUCUCACAAAUAGUUUUAUUAUGAUUGUUUCAUUUUGUUUGAUGCUAAAUUUUAGCAAAUGAAAUAUAAUUACAUUCACAAUGGAUGGAUCCAACGGAUUUGUAAACUGAUGUGUUCCGAGGGGUUCAUGUCAUUGGGGUUUCUUGCUAUCCAUGAAAAACAUUUGGAUAUUAAUUUUUUUUUAAACUACAAUUGAAGAUGUAAGCUAUAUUAUAUCCCAUAUGAUAUGGUAAAUGUAGCUAUGUCAUAUACCUUCUAAUAUAAUUAUAGAAGCUAUAUUACAACCUUUUAAUUUAGUAAUUGAAGCUAUGUUAUAGCCUAUCUAAUAUGACAAUAAAAGCUAUAUUAUAGCCAUCUAAUCUAGUAUAAUCAUAUUUAGCAUCAACACUUUUCCUCACAAAGCUGCUGCUAAUUUUUAUAUAAGUUUUUUAGUGUAGUGGGGCAUUAAACAAUAAUUGGCUCAAUUAAUUAGCUUCAGCUUUAAGUGAAAAAUAAAAAAAUUUGGGGGGUUUUUAAAUUUUACUUCCACCCAUUUCGUUUCUGUUCUUCUGAGCUUUGUUUGUGUCAGGGACUUUUGCCCACUCGUAUUCUUGUCUUUUCUUUUUAAUUGGGAUACAUGUAUAUACAGUAUUAUAUUAUGACAAUUUAAUGUAUACUUAUAUGAAUUUUUUUUUUUUUUCGUUGUUGUUAUACUGAUGAAGGCAUUUGCAGAAACAUAUAAAUUUGUAUUCUGUUUAGUCAUUAUUAAAGCUGAACUUAUAUUGUUUUAUUUAGACAAAUUGUUUGCGUCUCACUUGUCAAAAAAUUGUUUUGCCGGUCAAAUAUUGAAGUCUCACUUUCUCAAUAAAGAUAGUAAGAUAGAUAGAUUCUAAAAGAAUUACUUCUAUCUACAGAUGGCAACAGCCUAAUAGAUUCUGUUGUAUACAAAUGGUCCUGGUAGCACAGAGAGUUCUUGGAGCACCAACCCCUGCCAACCAUUGGUGCCUACGACUGGACACAUUUUACCGUGGACGACUACCAUUUCCUUGUGGUGGCCAACGCUUUCACUGGCGAAAGCACUCUGGCCUUCUCGGUCCUCUACAUCUGGCAGGGGGACAAAUGGGUGGAGUUUCAGACAAUGGAGGUAAGUUCAUCACUACUCGCACCGGCCUGCUGUCACAAAAAUGGUUAGGAGUUAACUUCAUCACAUCUUGUCCAGUCUGCCAAACCACUGUUUUGGAGCUAAAAGUUCAUCACUACUUUGGAGCUAAAAGCUCAUCACUGUUUUGGAGCUAAAAGCUCAUCACUGUUUUGCAGUUGAAAGCUCAUCACUGUUUUGGAGCUAAAAGCUCAUCACUGUCUUGGCGUUGAAAGCUCAUCAGUUUCCUCAGCGUUUGGUUGUCUAUGGGUUCACUUGUCUGUGGGUUCACUUGUCUGUGGGUUCACUUGUCUGUGGGUUCACUUGUCCGUGGGUUCACUUGACAUGGGUUCACUUGUCUGUGGGUUCCCUUGUCUAUGAGUUCACUUGUCUGUGGGUUCACUUGUUCAUCACUACUCGCACCGGCCUGCUGUCACAAAAAUGGUUAGGAGUUAACUUCAUCACAUCUUGUCCAGUCUGCCAAACCACUGUUUUGGAGCUAAAGGUUCAUCACUACUUUGGAACUAAAAGCUCAUCACUGUUUUGGAGCUAAAAGCUCAUCACUGUUUUGCAGUUGAAAGCUCAUCACUGUUUUGGAGCUAAAAGCUCAUCACUGUCUUGGCGUUGAAAGCUCAUCACUGUUUCCUCAGCGUUCGGUUGUCUAUGGGUUCACUUGUCUGUGAGUUCACUUGUCCGUGGGUUCACUUGACAUGGGUUCACUUGUCUGUGGGUUCCCUUGUCUAUGAGUUCACUUGUCUGUGGGUUCACUUGUCUGUGGGUUCACUUGUCUGUGGGUUCAAUUGUCUGUGGGUUCACUUGUCUGUGGGUUCACUUGUCUGUGGGUUCACUUGUCUGUGGGUUCACUUGUCCGUGGGUUCACUUGUCUGUGGGUUCACUUGUCUGUGGGUUCACUUGUCUGUGGGUUCACUUGUCCGUGGGUUAACUUGUCCGUGGGUUCACUUGUCUAUGGGUUCGGUUUUCUGGGAACCAUCAACCGUUUAAACAACUGAAACUUUGUGAAGACAUAAAAUAUAUAUUAAAUAUAAAAAAUCUAUAAAUAUAUAUACAAUAUAAAAUAUAUAUAACUAUAUAUAAAAUAUAUAUUAUUUAUUUAUAAAUGUAUAUAUUUAUUUAUCUAUAUACAUAAUAUUUAUAAAUAUAUAUAAAAUAUAUAUAAAAUAUAAAAUAUAUAUAAUACAUAUAAAAUAUAUAUCAAAUAUAAAAUACGGGCUAAAUACUUUUAAAAAAUCAUAUUAACAUGCCCUCUCAAAGCAUUAGGAAAUAAGAGAAUCAAUCAAUAAAUUAUCUGUCAAUUUAUAACAGUGUAAUUUAAGAAAUAUUUAAGAAAUUGAGUAUUAACCCUCCAGAUAGUCGGAGCUACAGAUUGGUAAUAUUUUAGAAUUGGUGCGGACCAUUACCUUGUUGUGGCCAAUGCCUUCAAUUUUGGCAGCCAAAACUUUCAAGAGAUUGACAGCUACCGGACCAACUCCACCAUUUACAAACUGGACAGAAGUAAAAAUGUUUUCACAAAAUACCAGA